UUCGAUGGGGCGUGCACAGAAAUAGCGUUUGUGUGGGGCGCUUUUAGAAAGAGCGUCUGAAUAUAUACUUCUUUUAUCCUCUUCUCCUCCUCUUUUUACAUAACCUACGUUUUUUACAGAAGAAAAAAAAAACGACGAAACCUAAGUAAAAAUCUAGGGCAAUACCUAAAUCUCAUGUGACGGCCAUUUGAUUGGGUGCGGAGAAACGAGUUCUUGUGAAAGAAACGACUAAUCUUAUUCGUUAAUCGGGUGCGGGCAAAUUUGAUUGAAGAUUAAAGAUGUUGAGCAGAAUAACGUCGAGAUUUGCACAAGGAAAAAAGAUGAAUAAUAAGAAACGCAAAGGUAAAGGUCCAAUGGAGCCUGAAAUAGACCCUAAUGUUGGAGAUUUGGAAGUUCCAGAUACCGGGUUCGAUGAAGAUAGCGAAGAUGAAACAACACCGUCCGUGGUAUCCCUAGAUAACUACAAUUGCCUGGAAGAUAGUGACAAACACGCUUCUACAGAUAUUACAUAUUCAAGCGAUCCAAAAUUCAGGUACCAACAUCGUGGUUCACUCUUUUCGGUCAUUGUUUAUUAUAAGGAGAUAACAAAACAUAGUCCAAAAAUUAAAUACAUUAUCGACAAGGCAGGAUGGGGACGUUUAUUAGCCAUGGAAAUAGGAGAAGCAUCACACCCAGUGAUUGAUUAUCUUGUUGAACGUUGGUGGGAUACAACGCAUACUUUUCACUUCCCUUUUGGUGAAAUGGGAUUCACGCCGCUUGAUUGGGUAGUGUUGACAGGAUUGAGUAUUGGAAUUGGGGAUGAUGUUCCGUAUAACCCAGUCAAGUACAAAUUUGAUUAUGUCCGUGAGCAUGUUUUUCCAGAAAUAGAAGAACCCUUAGAUUAUGAAGAUCCCCCAAUCUCUGGAAAAAAACGCCCCCCGGCACAGUGGAUUUCAGAUGCAAUCACAAUUAAAUUUUUGACUACGUAUUUCAAAGAAGAUAUCUUGGUUGCAGCUAAUUUGGAUGACAAACUUGCAGAAAAAGUGGCGAGGGCCUUUUUUAUGUAUGUUUUGGGAAAUUUUUUCUUUUCCAAUGCAAAGAACUACAUUGAUGCGGCUUGGUUAGCUGCUUUUGAGGAUCUAAAUGCAGUUGAUAUGUAUGACUGGGGUGGUCCUGCUUUUGCAAAAUUGUAUGUGGCACUCAACGCAUCUGGUAGGGGACAUAAGUCAUUAACUGGGCCGUUCCAAAUAUUAGAGUUUUGGGGAUAUGAAUAUCUGGGCAUAUGUAGACCGUGCGACCCAACUAGUGAAGAAAAAUGGCCAAGAACUUCCCGGUGGAAAGCGAAGAAAAAGACUAUCGAUAUUGUUCACUGUAGGAAUGCGCUUAAUCAGUUGACUGCAGACAUCGUGACAUGGAGACCGUGGGAAUCCGCCAUUGGUGUUCUUGACUCUGAUGUUGGUCGCAGGGCUGUGGAGCUUUCAAACAAAAGGGUUAUAUUUACUUGGAUUGGCAAGAAUAUGUGGUACCUAGGAGAACGAUCUUGGAGGCAAAAUCAUCCUACUUUUGGAAUUCCUAGAAAUCCACCAUUUAAAAUUGGCGAGGUCAGUCAUGAGAAAGCAAAACUUGUGAAAGAAGCUGGAUGGGUAGAUGCAAAUAUGUUUGUGAAAGCUGUUUCAUAUAAUAUGUAUCUGCGAUAUUGGCGACAUGUAACUAACUUCCAUCAAUUCGUGACCAAAGUCGAUUGGGUAGUUGAAUUACACGGGGUUGAUGGUGACCGUGUUAAACACCUUAUUCAACGACCUGCUCAGCAUGUACCUAUUCCACCACCACAACAAUUAUCAUACCCUGAAGCUUAUAAUCUAGUUCAAGAACAUGCCGAUUUUAAUCGUGCGUUUCGCGAGUUUGUAUUAUAUGAAACGGAAGACAGGAUGAUACGUUUAAAGGCAAAAGAUGAAGUAAUACGAGGCCUUGCAGCUCGUAACAAUUACCUGGAGGAUCAGAUGCAAUUCCGUAUGCAACAAACGCCGCGUCCCCCUAUUGGAUUCGGCAGUUUUUCUGAAACUAUCCCACCAGCGGUGUGGGCUCCAGUGAGUCAAGCAUCAACAAUGUCGUCUGUUAACCCCCAUCCGAGAAUGACGUUUAUCCCACCACGGCAAACACCAUCGCAUACUCCUACUGAUGAAUAAGUAAC